AUGCUUCAGAGAACAACAAAUGCUCUGUUUCCUUCAGCAAGACCCAAACCAGUGGCAUCAUCAGACUUCAGUGAUGCUGUUACACUGAUUGUAGCAGUGAAACCCAAACCAGUGGCAUCUAUAAAUCCUGAUAAACAGGUGUUCAGUGGAGACACUGUCACUCUGAGAUGUGAGAUACAGGAUGAAAGUGUAUCUAGGUGGCAGUACAGCUGGUAUAAAGAUGGUUCACUCAGUCUUGUCAGUAUUGUACAGAUGUACACAAUCAGUAGUGUUGAAGUGACACACACAGGUAAAUACACCUGUAAAGGAAGAGAGAGGAGUGAUGCUCACUGUUCCUCACACCUCAGUGAUGCUACACCCUGUUUUAAUCCAACAGCAAGACCCAAACCAGUGGCAUCUAUAAAUCCUGAUAAACAGGUGUUCAGUGGAGAAACUGUCACUCUGAGUUGUGAGAUACAGGAUAAAAGUGUAUCUAGGUGGCAGUGCAGCUGGUAUAAAGAUGCUUCACUCAGUCCUGUCAGUAGUGUACAGAUGUACAGAAUCAGUAGUGUUGAAGUGACGCACACAGGUAAAUACACCUGUAAAGGAAGAGAGAGUGGAGGCUCACGUUCCUCACACCUCAGUGAUGCUGUUACACUGACUGUAUCAGUGAAACCUAAACCAGUGGCAUCUAUAAAUCCUGAUAAACAGGUGUUCAGUGGAGACACUGUCACUCUGAGAUGUGAGAUACAGGAUGAAAGUGUAUCUAGGUGGCAGUACAGCUGGUAUAAAGAUGCUUCACUCAGUCCUGUCAGUAGUGUACCGAUGUACAGAAUCAGUAGUGUUGAAGUGACACACACAGGUAAAUACACCUGUAAAGGAAGAGAGAGUGGAGGCUCACGUUCCUCACACCUCAGUGAUGCUGUUACACUGACUGUAUCAGCAAAACUCAGGAACUUCCUGUGGGACAGAAGGACGGAUGUCCUUCUGAUGGCGAGUAAGAUCUACCCUGACAAACCAGUUCUUGGACCUGAUUUGAGACAUGACCUGCUUGAGAGUAAGAAUCCUAAAGCUGAGCCUCAGUUCAAGGAGCGCAGAUCUAGAAUAGGUCGCAAUGCCCUAUCCUUCUUGGAAACCACAAAGUCUCUUGAGACUGGUCUCCGGUCUGCCCAGAGCGGCUGA